AUGGUUACUUCUUUUCUGGAAACGCGCUACGUGGAUCGCGUAAAGCUGGACGAGUUGCUGCAGAGUCUGUUUGGGCAAAGCUACAGCGUGGCGGCCUCUGGAGAGACGAUCUCCGUGGAAGCGUCUAGGGAGCUCACAGAGGCCGAGAAGAAUUCUGUAUCACGGAACAGAUGA